AUGCCCUUCAAGACCCUCGACGACCUGACCGGCCUUUCCGGCAAGCGCGUGCUCGUGCGGGUCGAUCUGAACGUGCCGAUGGAGGAUGGGCACAUCACCGACACGACACGGAUCGAGCGGGUCGCGCCGACGAUCCUCGAGCUGUCGGCCAAGGGCGCCAAGGUGAUCCUUCUGGCGCAUUUCGGCCGGCCCAAGGGCAAGGUGGUGCCCGAGAUGUCUCUGGAGCCGGUCGCCCGCGCCGUCGAAGAGGUGCUGGACCACCGGGUCUUCUUCACCCCGGCAUGCACCGGAGACGCCGUCGCCAGGCGCAUCGAGGGCAUGGCGCCCGGCGAUAUCGUCCUUCUGGAAAACACCCGCUUCCACGCCGGAGAGGAGGCCAACGAUCCCGCCUUCGCCAAGAGCCUUGCCGACAAUGGCGACAUUUUCGUCAAUGACGCGUUCUCGGCGGCGCACCGGGCGCACGCCACCACGGAAGGUUUGGCGCGGCUGCUUCCUGCCUAUGCCGGCCGGACCAUGCAGGCCGAACUCGAGGCGCUCGAAAAGGGUCUUGGCAAUCCGCAAAAGCCGGUCGUCGCCAUCGUCGGCGGCGCGAAAGUGUCGACCAAGAUCGACCUUCUGGAAAACCUGGUCGCCAACGUCGAUGCGCUGGUGAUCGGCGGGGGAAUGGCCAACACCUUCCUCGCCGCCAAGGGCAUCGAUGUGGGCAAGUCGCUGUGCGAGCACGAUCUGGCGGACACGGCCAACGCGAUUCUUUCCAAGGCCAACGAGACCGGCUGCGCCAUCGUUCUGCCGGUCGAUGCGGUCGUUGCGCGCGAAUUCAAGGCCGGCGCCGACAGCGAGACCGUUCCGGUCGAUCAAGUGCCUGCCGAUUCGAUGAUCCUCGACGUCGGGCCGGCAACCGUCGGCAAGAUCAAUGGCUGGAUCUCCCAGGCCAACACCCUGGUCUGGAACGGCCCGCUCGGCGCCUUCGAGAUCGAACCCUUCGAUGCGGCGACGCUGGCGGCAGCCCGGCACGCUGCGGCCGAAACCGCCAGGGGCGAACUCGUCUCGGUGGCCGGCGGCGGCGAUACGGUUGCUGCGCUCAACAAGGCGGGCUGCGCCGCCAGGUUCAGCUAUGUGUCGACGGCCGGCGGCGCCUUCCUUGAAUGGAUGGAAGGCAAGACCCUUCCCGGCGUUGCGGCGCUUGAGGGCUGA